GAGUGCGGGAGGCUCGACGCGACCGCGAUGCGAUACGACGUCACGGUGUCCGACGGCAGGCACAUCAAGGUCAAGCCGGCCAACGCCGAGUUCUACGCCAAGUUCAAUACAAGCCAGGUCGCCGGCGACCGGGAGCAGAUGGACUGGAUGAGGGACUGCAACUCCCUCACGGACAGGGUCUGGGUGAUCGAGGAGUGCGAGUAUCCGGUGCCGCUGCUACUUCCCGCGUCCGCGCUGCAG